UAUAUAUCUCCGUAGGAGCCGUAGAGGCCACUCACUCAUCCAACCGUUACUAAGACCUUUCGAUCAAGAGAAAGCUGAAUCAUAGCUUAUUUCUUCUAGCUAGCGAGCAACAAGAGGAGGAACUGAGCUGCUGCUGAGAAGUUGAAGACAAGAUGACAAUUAUAGAGAUGUGCGUGCAUAUGGACUGCUCUGGCUGCGAAAGCAAGAUAAGGAAGGCCCUACUGAAGCUGGAAGGGGUACAUGAUGUGGAGAUAGAUAUGGAGAGGCAGAAGGUGACGGUGACAGGGUGGGUGGACCAGAAGAAGGCGUUGAAGGCCGUGAGGAAGACCGGCCGUAGGGCGGUCCUGUGGCCGUAUCCUAUGAAUGCGGAGGACGCCACCUACAGCCAGGCGUACUACCACCUGCAGCACCCGGCUCCGGCACAUCACCUGAUCUUUAGCGCUGCUCCAAAGUCCAAGUAUAACUAUCGGAAGCAUGGGUAUGACGAUUCGAGCAUGCAUGGUUACUACCAGAGGCCACCCCACAGCCAUAUCAUCGAUGAGAAGGCACGCAUGAUGUUUAGUGAUGACAACCCAAAUGCUUGCUCGGUUAUGUAGUUACUGCUCUAGUUCGUGUGUGACAAUCCAGCUUCUUUGGAAGUUUUGGGGUCUGUCAUCAAGCUUGCACUCGUGUGGAUAAAGGAAAAGCAUAUUUGGUUUGGUUCCCAAUAAGGGAUUCAAUUCCCUUGUUUGCUGUCGAUGAUGUAAAGGCAUAUAUGAUUAGUAGUCUUCUUCUUUCUCACGUAAGAAAAGCUUCUUUGUUUGGUACA